AUGGAGGAGAAUGGGACCAAUGCCACCGCUUGCGCCGAUAACUUUGACUUCAAGCGAGCCAAUGGUUCCUCUUGCUGGCCAAGCAUGUCGGGCGGCGGCCCGGAGACGGUGAUCGUGCCAGUGUUGUUCGGACUGAUCUUCUUCCUCGGCAUGGUGGGGAACAGCCUGGUGCUAGUAGUGCUGGGGCGUCUCCGUCCAGGCGGCCGGCCGUCCCGCAGCGCCACCAACAUCUUCAUCCUCAACCUGAGCAUCGCCGACUUCUCCUUCCUCCUCUUCUGCGUCCCCUUCCAGGCCACCAUCUACUCCCUGCCGGAGUGGAUCUUUGGCGCUUUCUUCUGCAAGUGGGUGCACUACCUGGCCAUGGCCACCAUGCUGGUCAGCAUCUUCACCCUGGUGGCCAUGUCGGUGGACAGGUACAUCGCCGUGGUGCACGCCAAGCGCUCGCUCUGCAUCCGCAGCAAGCGCAACGCUAGCCUUGGCGUGGGGGUUAUCUGGUUCCUGUCGCUGCUCAUUGCCAUCCCCGUGGCUCAGCACCAGGCCCUGAUGAGCGGACACCAACAAGCGCCAAACAGCUCCUUCUGUUGGGAACACUGGGCCGACAACCCCGCCGCCAAGCAGGUCUACAAGGUGGCCAUCCUGGUGGUGGGUUAUCUGCUGCCUCUUCUGCUCAUCACGUGCUGCUAUGCUAAGGUGUUAUAUCAUCUGCAUAAAAAGGUGAAGAACAUUUCGAGGAAAUCAGAGAGAUCAAAAAGAAAGACUGCACAGACUGUGUUGCUUGUGGUCACUGUAUUCCUCAUCUCUUGGCUGCCACACCACGUCAUUACCAUGUGGGCUGAGUUCGGCCAGUUCCCCUUGAACAACACAUCCUUCACCUUCCGCAUCAUCUCCCACUGCUUGGCUUAUGGGAACUCCUGCAUCAACCCCAUCAUCUACGCUUUCCUGUCGGAGAAUUUCCGCAAGUCCUGCCGGCAAGUCUUCACGUGCAAGUUCCUCCUCCCACCGGCUCCUGGGGAGAAGCUGGUCAGGAUCCGCAUGGAUAACUUUUCCAGCACUCACUCAACGACCAACGUGUGA